GGUACAUCGCCGUCUCCUCAUCCAUAGUGUUUCUAUCCUCGUUGAUUUCUCGAUACCGUCGCUUCCCUCACUUUCCUCCGUCUCGUUUUCUCCCUCCACUCUUUAGGGGCUGCUUCUUGCUCUCCAAUGGCUCCCAGGAGUGCUGUUAGUGGCCAUUUGUUGAGUGCGCUGACGCCACGUUUGCAGAAAUCCUCACGCUGCCUAUCAAAUGAAAGUUUUGCCAAUGUUUAUCAUGGACUUCUAGCAGAAGAGAACAAAAAAUGAGGCCCCUGCAUGCAUAUGGUUUAUUUGGGGGUAAAAAGGACAAGAAUGAAUGAAAAUGAGGUCACUGGAUUGUUGUGUUAAUGUUGCUGUAUUUGAGAAAUUUAAAAGGCGGUUGUCAUAUUGUCUGCUCAACCAUUAAUUUUAAUUUUCAAGGAUUCAAUCAUAUGCAUUUACUGCUUAGUUACACUCAAGUUAUAGUUUAAGCUCUCCAACUUAAAUUAACUCAUACAAGUUUUGAAAAUAAUAAAUGCAAUGCUUAAUGAAUUGAAGGAAAAAAUCAGGACACGACAGUGAAAAAUCUCCUGUCUUUUAUGGUUUUUCUUUACCUCUUGGACACAAUAGUGAACAUGUCUAGUUAUAAUUUUCCUUUCCUCUUCACACUAGUGAGUUUGGGUUAAGCCUCUUCUCUCAACUUUUUGGAGACAAUCUGGAACCGUCACAGUAAUUCUUGUGCUUUGAUAAGCAGGGGAUCAUCGUGGUCAAUGGCAUUCUACUGUUCAAUGAUUUGGCUAUGCUAUUGCUCUUGAUAUCUGCCAUCAAACAGGGCUAUGCUUAUGCUCUUCCUUCUCCUUGUCUUCUUUUGAAUGGAUUGUAAUGAUAUGUUACUUUGGAAUCCAUGUACACCAUCAUCUUUGAUUGCCUACCAGGAAAUUAUCCUGGCUGUUGCAACAAUGUUAGCUGUGGCAACUUCCUUGACUUAUGUAAUCAUUGCUCAUCAAGAUAGCAAGUGGCAUUAAAAUUCUUCUCUCAUUUUUGUUGCUGAUCCAGGCUAUAUCUUUGUUCUAAAUUUCCUGCCAUGUCAUCCCAUGCCAUCUGGGUCUUCCCAUAGUCCAAGCGAGGCCAACCAUCUGGAAAACCUUGGUCAGUCUUGACCUAAGCAAGUGAGGUCUUGUUUCUAAGGUUCUGUAUUACAUUCUUACUUUCCAAAAUUAGGAGUGGAUCCUCUAUUGUUUCUAGCACUCAUUUGCAAUAUUUUUAGCACAAUCAGAAACCUGCUUGUUCUUUUGUAACUCUUCCUUUCUCAUUUACUCUUUCUAUAUUUUCCCUUGUAUCUCAUUGUAAAUAUGUUGUGAACUUGAAGAGUGUGUCUGGUUCAACUUGACAUUGUAUUUGUAUUAUAGGCAGGUAUUCUGGGAAACAUGCAGAAUUUGUUUGAGACUGUUAAGAAAGCACAAAUGGUAGCUCAAGUAGAAGCCGUUCAAGUACAGAACGAGCUUGAAGCGUAUGAACCAUCUACUACUUUCCCUAGUUUUCUGUUUUCUUGUGAGCUUUUACGCUUGUCCUUUCCCAUUUCUUUUGUAGAGCGGAAUUUGAUGGCUAUUGUGAAGGUGAGUUAAUAAAGGCAACACUUUCUGGGAAUCAGCAACCAAUAUGCAUUGAAAUCACAGAGACUGCCAUGGAGUUUGGGCCUGAAGUUUUCAAACUUGGAGAAAGCUGCUUGUUCUGGGUUUCAAUUAUUGCAUUCUUCAUGUUUCUUGAACCUCAUGAUCUUAGUGUAAGGAGCUCUCCUUGUUGGUGACAGAAGCAUACAUGGCCGCCCAUUGGAAAAGCGUUCAGAAGGUGGCAAUAGUUGAUGUUGUCGCGUUCGGAGGUGGUUUUGUUUGGCGAUUCCCUCACGCAAGGCUCGUUUCGUGAUGGCAGAUGGGGCGCCGCUCUCUCCCACCACCUCUCUCCUUCGGCGGAUGUGGUGGCUCGAGGUUACAGCGGCUACAACACGCGGCAGGCGCUGAUGGUGAUCCAUCGGGCCAUGGAAGGCGUCGAUUCUCCAGCCGCCUUUACCGUCUUCUUCGGCGCGAACGAUGCGGCUCUCCCAGAUCGGAGCGCAGCUUCCGUGCACGUGCCCCUCUUUGAGUACACCAAUAACCUGCGUGCCAUCUGCGCUUUCAUAAAGGCAAAAUGGCCUUCGACUUUGGUGAUUCUUAUCACACCGCCGCCGAUCGACGAAGAAGGUCGUCUCCGAUUCCCUUACGGAAACAGAUCAGGAUUACCGGAAAGAACCAACUUGGCCGCGGGAACUUACGCAGGAGCGUGCAUUUACGUCGCCAAACAACUUGGCCUCCCCGUCAUCGACAUAUGGACGAAGAUGCAACAAUUUUCAAACUGGGAGAAGGCAUUUCUGUGGGACGGAUUGCACUUCACCGAUCUUGGAAACCAUUUUCUGUUUCAGGAGGUGGUUAAGGCACUCAGGGACCAUGGAGUUGUUGAUUAUUGACUUACUUUGGUUAACUCAUUUUUAUAUUUUGAGACUUGUUUUCAUCCGUAGAUUGUGUUGAUCGAAGAUCAAGUGUAUAUAUAUUACAAAAGUGAUGAACGGUAAUUGCUACAAUGCAUUGUUAUCAAUGUUAAUCAAAAUUGAAGUGUUAAUGCA